UACGUCGGGUGAGAUAUGUCAACUUCAGUCAGCAACUACAAACCUGUGAGCCAUGUCAUUUUCGACAUGGAUGGAUUAUUACUCGACACAGAACGACUUUACACAGUGUCUUUCCAGGAAAUAUGCGACCGCUUCGGGAAGCAGUACACCUGGGACGUAAAGUCGUCUGUGAUGGGGAAAAAGGCUCUGGAUGCCGCCCAGAUUAUCCGGGAUUCCUUGGAUCUUCCCAUGACAGCUGAGGAGCUGCUGAAGGAAAGCAGGCAAAUACAGGAGAGGAUCUUUCCGUCGGCCAAGCUUCUGCCAGGUGUGGAGAAACUUGUAAACCAUCUGAAGAAGCACCACAUCCCCAUCGCUGUGGCAACCAGCUCAGCUGAUGUAACCUUCAAGCAGAAGACCAGUGCACACACAAACUUUUUUGCUCUGUUUGAUCACAUUGUUCUGGGCAACGAUCCUGACGUAAAGAACGGCAAACCUGAGCCCGACUCUUUCCUGGUGUGUGCCAGAAGAUUCAGCGCACCAGUCUCCCCAGAGAAGUGCCUGGUGUUUGAAGAUGCCCCCAACGGCGUAAAGGCUGCUCUAGCUGCAGGGAUGCAGGUGGUGAUGAUUCCCGACGACAACCUGCCCCCCAGCCUCACCCAGGGGGCCACUCUGCGCCUGAGGAGCAUGGAGGAAUUUGACCCGCAGUUGUUUGGCCUGCCUGCGUACAGCUAAACAGGCCAAAGCAGCGCUGCUCGUGCCUCUGUGUUUCAGUUCACUGACGUCCUUUCAAAGAAAUAGUUAUAUUAAUUUGCUGAGGAAAAAUCAUACUGAUAGUUUUCAGAGUCAGCCUCAGCCUUUGGGCAGUAAAGGAUUAUGUGUUUAGUUUUAUAUUUUACUGCCAUCUUAAUAUUAACCGCAGGGCUUUAUGGGAGCUCUGGAGUUAAUGGGACGAUGAGUUGAAAUGAGUUCUGAAAUGUACAUCAAACUGUUUCUGUGGAAAUCCAACAUUUUUUGGCAGCUUUUGUAAACCUGUCUUACUUAUGAUUUUUAAAGAUAUUUAAAAUAAAUUUUCAUUGAUUUUACUGUACACCACACUUUCAGUUUUUUACAAUUAUCUUAUAAUCAGAUUACCAACAACAAAACAGAAUAUGACCAUUUUUCGGGGGAAAUUUAAAAAAUGUGAAACACUGGUAUUAAAACUUGUUAAACCCAGAAAUCCUACCCAGAAAUUCAGCCACUUUUAAAAAGAAAAAAGAAGAUUUUAGUGCAUUUUUUCAAUUCAGAAAAAAGUGCAGGCACCUUAGCACCUCCUAGUGUUUAUCUGUGGACAUACCGGCCUUCAAAGACACUUAAAGCUCAUUUCUUCUCCAUCCUGUUACUUAAGUUAAACUUCAGAAAGUUGUCUUAACAACAUUUAGAUAUAUAAACACAUUUAGUAUCUGUACAUAUUUUGACCUUGUGUCGAUUAUAAAAACUGCCCAAUUUAAAGUGGCACCUCUAAUUCUGCUUUGAGGUGAUGGGUCUGUUAAAGCUUUGUGUUUCAGAAAGAACAGCUCAGAUUCCUGAGUAAAUGAAAACUUUGAUGUAUGAUGUAGAUUAAUUCUUGGAUUUCACUCUGGGGUUUCAUGCUUUUCAGUGCAGUUUCCUGGAAAGUAUGUUUGCCAAUCCCUUGUGGCCGCUACACAUCAUUUGUUUGAAGAGAAAAACACCACACUGACCAAAGAUGUAAGUGAUGGAUAACAUGAGUCAGAUUGUACCAUAGAUUUCUUCUUGGAUAAGUUCUAAGAUAUGAUUAGCUUAAUCUGUUGUCAGAAGUCUCUCAGGUCUAACACACAGGCAGAACUUAUCGAGAUGUUUGACUAGGCAUCGUUAGAAAAUCCAAAGUUGGGUCUCUUGGGGGAAUUAGAUAAAUUUAAAGUGGAGGCGGCAGCUGCUGCAUGCACAAAUGGUUCAGGUAACAUCUGGAACAAUCUUCAAAGACCCCACUCCUCUGCUUGCUGUUUAAUCGGCUUUAAGUUGUCCACACACUUUAAUCUGUGCUCAUAUCUGCUCUAAGGCUUGCCAUAGUUUGUAUGCACGACAACGUUACUGAAACGAUUGGGGGGCCGAGCUGAGUGAGUAUGAUACCAUUCCUUCUCAAGGCCACUCAGAUCCGAUUCUGAUGUACUCUUAUCCAUUUCCUCGAGGAACUGACAAUCUACAGCAGACUUUUGCUUUUCCUCUUGCAUAGAAUGUGCAUUUUCCUGCUUUUACUUAGCAUUCUUUGGGUUGAUUGUUUGCCAUAUAUUACUGAAUUAAAGUUUAUAUUUUUUCUUGUUAUUAAAACACAGAUAUUGGUUUGAUUAGCUUGAACAUAAAACAACAUCAUGAGUGGCAGAGAGCAGACGACCACGCACAAACACUCAUACCUAAAGGUAAAUUAGAGAAACCAAUUAACAUGCAUGUUUUGAAAUGUGGGUGUGAAAGAGCUGCAGAAACAGUUUAUCUCCAAAGACACUUCUUCAGUUUAUUCUUUCAUGUGAGAAAAGAGACUAUUCUAAAAUGUCAGCUACUUUCCACUGAACCCAAAACGGGUGUAAUCUGAUCUACAGGUGUUGAAAGUAACUAAUUACAUUUACUCACGUUACUGUAAUUAAGUAUAAUUUGUAUCUACUUUCUACUUUUUUGAGCACUUAAAAAACUUGAAGUUUUACUUUUGCCUGAGUUCAUUUUGAGUAUUUCACUCACUUACAAUUAAAAUCAAAUUCAAACCUACAGUUGAAACUAGAAGUUUACAUAUGCAUUUUUCCACACUGUGGCGUGGAAUCAGAAUAAAUGUUUCCCGUUUUAGAUCAAUUAAGAUUGACAAAAUAUUUUCUAUUUGCUAAAAUCUAGAAAAAUGAGAGAGAGAAUUUUUCACAGCAUUUUUUAUUACUUUCCUCAAAGUCAAAAGUUUAAAGACACCAAUAUUACUUUUCCUUCACACAAUUUGGAAAACAACUUCCAAUUUGAUGUCAUGUCUCUGGAAGCUUCUGAUUGGUCUUUUGAUAAGAUGUGUGGAUGCAACUGAAUGGACUUUUCAUGCAGUAUUUGUAAACUUCUGGUUUCAACUGUAAUGAUAAACAGAAACAUUUUCCUCCACAGGCCAGAAGCUGGAGAGAACCCAAACACCGCUGUGUGAAUGUUGUCUCUAUUAAAAAGUCUGCAGCUCUAAAUCAAACCCAACAUUACAGAAGUUGAGCGAUAUCCAUUAGCAUUAGUUCAUUUUCUUCUUGACCUUCAUUUCAGGUUUGAUUAGUUUGUGAAUUAUUUUCACAAAUGCUGCUUAUUGAAAGUGAUCUGUGCAUGUGUAUUGAAUGUACCUAUUCAUUAUUAAUUUAUAUGAUCAUUUAAUAUAAUUUAUAUAGCUCAGGUGAACCUGUCACAUUCAGUUCACUGCCUGUAUAAUCAGAUGAGGAGGGAAUCCAGAAAGUUGUAAAAGCAUUCACACUUCAGCUUUUCACCCUCUAACUUUCCAAACAGGUUUAAAGGAAAACAAACGUCAAUUUGAGCCCAUUUUAUAAGACAGUUAUGUGACAGACCAGCACAAAGUAAAACACAAUGUGAAAUAAUAAAAGAAGAUAUAUAUUUUUGUAUAAAUAAAAUUCAGACAGGUAUUGCAAAUACAUUCAUUCCCCAUCCCUCUAAUACUUCUAAACAAAAUUUAAGAAGAAACAUCAUCAUCAAGAAGAAGAAACUGGCAAGAAGAAAUCAAUUAUUGUUUAAAAGAGCACAUUGAUUAGCCUUUCAGUACACUGAAAUGUCCAUUAAAGUCCAUUAUCUGAAAUUAUUUCAGAAACUGAAUAUUUAACAGAUGAGCAGCAUUAAUCCUAAAUCAUACAGACAUAUGAUAGUUUGGAUCUUUUUUGUUGUGGCCCCCUGACAAAAACAAGUGUAAAAGACAUGCAGUAGUUAUUAAUGAAGUUCUUUUAAAAAGUAAUAUUUUAUCAGGCCAUCACCUAAAAUGUAAUAACUAACGAUGAUACUAUCAGUCUGCCUGUUGGGCUGUGUGAACCAACCGUAGAAAUGACAUCUAACAGAUAAAUACCUGCUCUGUCUAAAUUUUCCAUUGAAGCAACAAGACAAAAGUGAAAAAUGUAAGGAAGAAUGAAUAGCUUCAAAAAGCUUCUAUUUAGGUUAUAAAAUGCUCCAGAGUUUUGUAGUCAUGUGUUAUAUUCCACUUUACACCCAUUUGCUUUCCUUUUCCACUCUGCAAAUCACUUUGUCUUUUAUCCUUGCCAUAAACCAUUUAUUGUAUGCAUUAAUUCUGCCUUUGAGUGGGACAGAAAGCAGCAGUGAUGAUGGCUCACUGACAUGUUUCACAGGCCCAUGUUCUCCAACUGUGCUCACGACUGAUAGAAGAGAGCGGCCUUGGGAUACAUUCAUCUUCCAUGUCAAUUUUGUUUAUUUCCGGACCUUAUCAGAGCUCAGACACUCAGCUCCUUCUACAGGCAAAGUCAGAGUUUCGGACGGCAAGCGGAAAAAUGUUAUGGAUGACCUAAUUUCAUACACUGAACCUUUUCUUCUAAAGAGACAAACAAGCCUGUAAUUCACUGUGGAAGGAGAGGAACAAGAAGGGACA